AUGGCGCUGAAGAGCCCCCGACGAGGGAAUACCACCGAGUGCCACUACUGGGGCUAUUCCUUUCACUGGACGGACCUCCAUCGAUCGGCAGAGGAGUUGCAUCCGAUGAUCCAGACAUUCGAUAAACUGGCGGAUGACUGUGUGCAAAUCCUGAAUAAGAUUCCUACCAGCGAUGGUGAAGAUAAGCCGUACAAGAAGGAUUUAUAUGGGCUGUUGAAGGGGCAUGCCGAGGAGGAUCCCAAACUCAAACAGUUGUGGGAUGAAGUCAAUACGGUUCCUGAAUGGGUGGAUUGGGAGCAGAUCCAAAGAGGGCAGGAUGUUUUCUUUCGCUAUGGUGUUCCUAUCUUGAAUGUGCUUGGGUUUGAGAGUCUACUUGGUGGAAUGGGCGCCAUGCGAGUUGUAGAAACCCUCGCCCGGACUGGUGGUUUCGGCGCCAAAGUCGUCCGACGACGACUUCUCGAAACCCUUCAACAUGUUCUUCAGGUCAACAGUUCAGCAGAGGGAAUGAAACCAGGCGGCGAGGGCAACGUCUCCUCAGUCCGUGUACGACUGCUUCACGCAUCCGUGCGGUUGAGGAUCUUGAGUCUGGUAGAACAAAAGCCAGACUACUACGACGUCGCCAAAUACGGUACGCCGGUCAAUGACCUCGAUUGCAUCGGAACCAUCAACACUUUCUGCUGCUCGGUAGUUUGGCUCGGGCUACCUCGUCAGGGAAUCUAUCUCAGUCAGCAGGAGAUUGAAGAUUAUAUCUCACUCUGGCGCCUCGUCGCUUACUACAUGGGGACACCAACGGAGCCGUUCGAAAGUACAGCCAAAGCCCGAGCAAUGAUGGAGUCGCUAUUGAUUUCCGAAAUUGAUCCCACCGAUGUUGGGAAGAUUCUGGCUAAGAACAUCAUCAUCGGUUUGGAAAAUACCGCGCCAUCUUAUGCCUCGAAGGAGUUCCUCGAAGCGAUGAGCCGCCUCCUCAAUGGCGAUCAGCUUGCGGAUGAACUCGACAUCCCGCGAUCCAGCUUAUACUACCGGAUCAUCCUAUGGGGUUAUUGCUUCUGGGUGAGACUGGUAUCAACCAUCAUACCCAGAAUCUACUUUAUGGAUCGGUUCAUGAUCAACAUGCGACGCAAAUAUUUCUACAAGAUGCUUAUGAAUGAAAAGCUCGGUCUUGGAGGCGAAAGCCGCUUCGAGUUCAAAUAUAUGCCCACACUCACACGCACAACGCGCCUGGGGCAACGACGCACGACCAAAUUUGAAAGCCCCGGACUCGAGAGUCUAGGACACCUAGGGCUGAUGACAGCUUUCGGCGCAGUAGUCACUCUAGGCAUAGCACUAGCCUUCGCUGCAAAACUGAUCCCGUCCGACCAGCUUUUGCACGCCAUGCGUGCCGCCAUCAUGCGCCCAGAUGAUGGCCUACUACCCCCGUUCCUGGGGGCUCUCCAGGCGUGCGUCUCGGUACUACUGACCAUGUGCUAUGGAGUUGCCGCGCGAAGACUAAGUCUGAUACACGAUGCCACCAUCAACGAUAUGUCCGCGUUAGGUGUCAAGCUCUUCUUGCCGGCUCUUAUUGUUGUAAAUCUAGGUAGCGAGCUUCACAUCGGGACGGCAUUGAAUUAUAUUCCAGUCCUAGCGUGGUCAUUCAUUUAUACCAUCGCAUCCAUCGGCCUGUCUCAUGUAUUAGCUCGGCUUUUCCGACUACCCCAAUGGGUCGCUCCAGCAUCGACAUUCAACAACACCUCCUCCCUCCCCCUCUUACUCCUCCAAUCCCUCGACAGCGUAGGCUCUCUACGCCUCAUCCUCCGCGGCGACGAAAGCACAGCCGAGGCAAUCGAACGAGCACAGAGCUACUUCCUCAUCUGCGCAGUCGUUAGCAAAACCAUCGCCUACGUCGUCGGUCCACGGAUGCUCCACGAUGGCGAGAACGCAGAAGAUCAUCUAGCUAGUACUGAAGAACAGCAUCAGCCCGCCUGCGAAGACGAAUGCUUGACCGAAACCACCUCCCUGCUCCCCCAGCGCGCACAGAAUGCCAAGCAGGCAGUUGGAAGGCGCGUCCGCUCGUGGACCAAGUGGCUUGUCUCAGUCUUCCCACACCGUGUGCGAGAAGAGCUCAUGGCACCCUUUGAGCAUCCAUUCGCCGGCGUAGCGAUCUGCUGCACUCUCGUCGGUGCGUUAUUGGGCCUAGUCCCCGCACUGCACCGGGCAUUUUUCUUCCGCGACGAGGAUGGCGGGUAUCUCCAGGCAUGGCUGACGACGAGCGUGCGCAAUAUUGGCCGGCUCUUCACGACGCUUCAGAUCUUCCUGGUUGGGUGUAAACUCGGGGUAACCUUUGAGCGGAUGAUGGCCAGGAGCGAGGCGGGCGACGACUCGAGUCGCAUUCCUAUCAGGGCCAUGACGACAAUUUUCGUAGUACGGUUGGUGGCCUGGCCGGCAGUCAGUAUUCCAUUGAUAUAUGGGCUGGCGAAGCAUACGAAGCUUCUCGGAGACGAUCCUAUUCUUUGGUUCAGCAUGAUGCUGAUGCCGGCCGGGCCGCCGGCGCUGGUGAUUUCUGGGCUGGCGGAGGUAGCGCAGGCAUCGGAAACGGAGAAGAUGGCUAUUGCGAAGACAUUGACAGUAAUGUAUGCGCUGUCGCCGUUCAUAUGUUUUACGAUCACGGGCGCACUCAAGGCUUCCGAGGCGGUGUUGAAGGAAAGGUCUUGA